AUGAAUAAUGGUGAAUUUGUAGAUCUUAGUUCAGACUCAGACUAUGCCGGUCGUGUGCGGUACAUUUAUAACAACAACAAAGACUGCACUCUGAGAAUCUCCGACCUGAGAGAGAGCGACUCAGCCGAGUACAAGUUCAGGAUUGAAUCAAUGCAAGAAGCUUUAAAAUAUACUGGUUCACCUGGAGUCACUUUGUCUGUUACAGGUGUCAUGGUGCAUGUGCAAGUCCAGAGUAGACGUUUUGUCAAGGCAGAGCUGAAAUGUCAAAGCAGUUGUCGUCUACCUGAUAGUUCUUCCUACGUCUGGUACGAGAACGAGAGAGUUCAGACUGGAUGGACAUCUUCUUCUUAUUCAUUUUACUAUAAUGCUGGAGACAACUAUUCCUGUGCUGUAAGCGGACAUGAGAACCACCGUUCUCCUUCAGUGUAUGGUCCAGAGCUUCCCUCUGUGUCAGUGAGUCCCUCUGCUGAGAUAGAGGAGGGCAGUUCAGUGACUCUGACCUGUAGCAGUGAUGCUAACCCAGCAGCUAAAUACAUCUGGAACAAGAGGAUUGGCACGCCAAUCCUUCCUCCUUUCAAGAAAGGACCACAGCUUGUCUUCAGCUCCAUCCAUUCCUCUGACUCUGGACAGUAUUACUGUACAGCUAAAAACAAUCUGGGGAUGAAGUCAUCUAAAGACAUCUUUAUUCAUGUGAAAUAUCCUCCAAAGCUCCCCUCUGUGUCAGUGAGUGCCUCUGCUGAGAUAGAGGAGGGCAGUUCAGUGACUCUGACCUGUAGCAGUGAUGCUAACCCAGCAGCUAAAUACACCUGGUACAAAGAGAACAGAAAAGUGUUUCUGGGAGCAGUAGGAAGUUAUAAUUUCACCUCCAUCAGCUCUGAGGACAGAGGGAACUACUACUGCAGGGCUGAGAAUCAAUAUGGAGAGGUCAACUCUACGUCUCUAUUUGUAAAUGUCCAGUACUCUCCAAAGCUCCCCUCUGUGUCAGUGAGUCCCUCUGCUGAGAUAGAGGAGGGCAGUUCAGUGACUCUGACCUGUAGCAGUGAUGCUAACCCAGCAGCUAACUACACCUGGUACAAGGAGGAUGAAGACUCUCCAAAAGCUUCAGGACAGAUCUUCACCAUCACUGACUUCAGAGCUGAACACAGUGGGAGUUAUUCCUGUGGAGCCCAGAACAAGUUAGGACGUAGUAACUCCACUUUACAUCAGAUUAUUUUGGCAGGUAAAUUCUCCACCUGACUUUUUGAUUGUAUGAUUAACAGAUGGCUUCACCCAGCAAACUAGGGAAGAGAUUCUCAGAUCUUCUGGAAACACCUACCACCUUUAACCAGUGGUGGAAAGUAACCUAGAUCAUU